GUUAGGUACACUGAACGAAAACUCUUGUAGCAAAGAUCUCAUUUUACUGACCAGGAUCCAGGAGGACAAACAGCGCUGACCUGUAUCGACUUGUAUCGAGUCAGCCGUUUCGAGACGCGUUUGCAAAUUUCGAGAUCUCCUGUUGGUGGCACUGCAGCAGACGGCCAGCAUGAGCGCACAGGCACCCGCCAACAUCGUUACCAACCCUCCCCAGGCUGCCGCGCAGAAGACCGCUGAUUUGUUGGCAGAGUGGCAUGCACUGACCCCCACAUUUCGCGACCAGCCUGCAGCACUACAGCAAGUCAUUCUCAAGCCUUCUCCCAACCCCAAGUGCGGCUUGGAGGCCUCAGCCAGCUCAGCGGAGGUGGAUCCCAGCCAGGCUGCACAGAAGGUGCAGUCGCUGUUGGAUGCGUGGAGGAAUGCAUGCUCGCACCAGGAGGGCGCAGUGACUGGUCAUGACAACAAGCUGAGCUGGAACGAGAAGCUGCAGCACCAGAUGAGCAAACAGCAGGGCGAGGCGCUGCUUAGUAAGGUCACCAGUCUGGAGUAUGGCCGAUGACUCAGCACUGGAUGAAUCAACCAGUGCUUGCAAUAUUAUGAGGCAGUGCAGCAAUUGUGGACGGAGUCUUCAAAAGAAUGGGCGAGCAGAAGGUUAUUAGGAGAAACAAUGGAUCAGGAGGAGCAACGAGGACAGGAGAUCUAGAAAUAAGUAGCAAAGACUGUACAGGUUGUGGCCCGCGGCCUUCACUAGAAGAUUUGUAUACGUUCCAAGAUGUGCCGUCCAGAAUAGAGGAUCCUUCAGCGCUUAUAGUUGGAAACGAGGGUUUGCUGCAGGGAUAGAAGCAGCAUGGCCAUACGCCCGUUGACGUUGUCACUUGGAUAUCACAUCAGCAUGCUGUAAAUGUGUCAAGGGC